AUGGCUACUCAUAAGCUCGCAGCGAUCAUAAAAAACCCAUUAAACGACGACGAAUUUCUUCUCACGAAACAGGCACCACCACCCAAGUUCAACGACGAAGAGUACGAUUCUUUUGUCGAUUCUGACCUCUGGGACUUGCCUUCAGCAGAACUGAAUCCACUAGAAAAAGAAUCGAAGUCUCAGUUUGUCAUCCAAGAUGAAGAAUUGUGCUCAGAGGAGCUCAAUUUGAGUAAUUAUGAUCUCAAUUCAGCUCUCAAUCAGAUUUUGGAGCAAGUGGGAGUUGGGACACCCAGUGGGGUGCAGUGGAAGUUCUGGAAGUGUGUGGAGGAACCUGAAUUUGGGCCAGGAUUGCCUAUAAAGACGGUGUACAUUGUCGGAAAUUUAGUUCCUGACGAUGGGAACUCAAGAGAUGCUAAACAUACUGGCCUUUCGAAGGAUGGCUUUGGCCUUCAUUGUAGGUUAAUUUUAGAGGGCAAAACGUGA